UAAAGAAAGUUGUACAAAAUUUCUGCAAUCUUGUGUGAAAUUUUGUCUAAGGUUGUGUAAACAGAGGAUGACACAACCGUUGGUUAAAUGUUACUCAACCAGCAGGUUGAGUAAAAUCUUUUGCUUUGGUGAAAACGACAUUUCGCACGCAUGGCCUCCUGCCGUGAGUAAAAACACCCACGGUUAAAAUUUUUGAUCGCAACGAUAUGGGGCCAUUCAUAUAUUACGUCAUCAAAAAUUCUCAAUUUUAGCACCCAUCCAACCACCCAACGUAAACAUUAAGAGAUAUGGGAUUUUAAUAUGGGAAAGAUAAGAACACCUAACCACCCAACCACUAAAAUAAUCACGUAAUAUAUGGACGUUCCAUAUGGGGGAUUUGACAUGGCUGAUAAUGAUUUAAGUCGAUCUUACUCUUCAUAUCUUCACAUAUAUGGAAAUUGUUCGUGGAAACGAAGCACUGCUUAAUAAAACAAUGUUUAUUUAUAGAACACAGAUGCCAACUAUGGUACAUGAACAGGAGAAAUGUUUAUGCAAAGUAUAAUAAAGCAGACUGGUAGUCAGAAUUUCGUACCAACAUAUUUUUUUCCUCACUACUCCAGAAGAGCUCUUGUUUGCCAAAAUUUACCAAAUUAAAUAAUUCAAUUCGGAUAUUAAUUUAAUAUUACAAAUCACUAAAAGCUUCAUUUUUCAAAUGGAACGCACGAAGAGGGAUGAAUCUCAAGAAAGAGGUGAUUUUUUGCCUUGUCGUGAUGAAGACGACACAGAACACGGCCCAUUCUCCUCUGGUCUUGUGGAAGAUGUAAUUCCUCAUGUCUGCAAAUUCCUCGGGCCCAAAGACAUCAGACACUGCCGACUCGUCUGCAAGUCGUGGAAUUACGGCGCUACUUCCGUCCUAAAGAACAAGACCAUCAUCAUAAUUCCACUUUACCCUAAAAAAUGUCGAUUAAUCGAUUCAGAUGAGACCAAAGACAAACUGACAUUCGCCCACACGUCUGUCUGUCUCGUAAUUGGAGGUCAUCAACCCAUCGAUCCCAAAAUCUUUGACGAGAUCACCAAUCUAAAAUCAAUUGUUGUCCGUUCCUCUACAAAAAAACCGUUGGAAAAGGACUUGUUUCCCAAAAUUAUACUGAAUUCGGCCUCCACUCUGAAACAUUUAAAGUUUGGAGGUGGAGAAAGCUUAGAGUUCCCCUCAUUUCGUGGCGUCGUUUUCCCAAAAUUAGCCAAUCUCGACCUACACCACUUCUGGGAUGAGGGAUCGCAAGAUAUCGAAAGAAUUGGUCACGCCAUCACGGAAGCGUUCCCAGCUUUACAACAUCUCAGAAUUGCCUACCGCUAUAUGCCUGGACUGUCAUGGAUGAAAUUUUUGCCAAAGUUUCCGACAUCACUAAAUUCCUUGGAAUUACACGAACUUUUAAACAUCAAUUAUAUGAAUUGUCUGCUGGAAUUUCCUCAUCCUUUGAAGACCCUUAAAUUUACUUCAACUUCGUUUCAAGAUCGUGUCGACGAUCUGCCAUGGCUUUUCUACAAAUUUUUGAAAAAACAUUCCCCCACAUUGGAAAAACUUUGUUUACAAAUAUCCACAAACAGGAUGGAUAACCUCAAGCUGAACUGGAUUUUUCCAGCAUUUCCGGUCAUGCAAAACUUGACGAUUUGUAACAGUGAUAUGUUUGCAAGCCUAAAAUUUGAAAUUAGCCUAGGAAAUUUUGGACAGAUUAAUUACAAAAUUUGUUUUCCAGUCUUGCGAGUUUUGCGAAUUUGUAGGACUCACAGCAUUCCCAACGUAGCUCAUGAUUUAUCCUGUAUGGCGGGAUUUCUUCCGUUGCAAGGCGAUAACGGAUGUCCGGAGUCAGUGAAAGAAGUUGACCUCUACAUUUUGGACGAAACAUUGACCAGCGACCGCAAUUUAGUGAAGGCCGACCUUAACGACCAAUUGUUGAAAAUAUUUCCUAACGCGAAGGGAUCAAUCAAAGAUGUGUGGGAAUUAGUCGUUUGAUAAAUGUAUCUAGAUAUAUUCGCAAAGGAAUGAGAGUUACAUACUUAAUUGAUUAAUUGUGCUAGAUAAUUAAAUAUGCAAAUAUUAGCUAAAAAUAACUCAUACUGUUACUCAUAAAUAAAUACAGAUUAGGUAUACUUCUCUUGGCAAAAUAAAAUACGCCGAUUUUAUAACUCAA